UCAAGCGGUGCGCUGUAACCUACAGUAUCCGAUGAACAUCCUAUGCUGGUGUCCGUGCAUUGAACGCAACGCGAAGCGACAAAAGUCUAGACAGAAAUGAAACGAGACUGUAACAUAUAAAGUUGCAAACCCGAAACAACAAGACAACGAGGGUUUUUCUGUCAAAAGGUGUGUGCCUCCCGCCCCGUGCCCCACCACGGCCCUCACCUGCGUGUUGCGGUGCUUCCCCUGCGAGCCGACCUGGGCCGGCAGCCCCUUCCUGCACCGCCCCCCGACCCCGCCCAGCCACAGCAACACCGUCGCCCCGGCAAACCCCGCCUCCGGCCCUUCAACGGUGGUCAUGACGCGCUCCAAGACCUUCCAGGCCUACCUGCCCAACUGCCACCGCACCUACAGCUGCAUCCACUGCCGGGCCCACCUGGCCAACCACGACGAGCUCAUCUCCAAGUCUUUCCAAGGAAGUCAAGGCAGAGCUUACCUCUUCAACUCUGUUGUGAACGUGGGAUGCGGCCCAGCAGAGGAGAGAGUGCUGCUGACAGGACUACAUGCUGUGGCUGACAUCUACUGUGAGAACUGUAAAACCACGCUAGGUUGGAAAUACGAGCAUGCAUUUGAGAGCAGUCAGAAGUAUAAGGAAGGGAAGUUCAUCAUCGAGCUGGCUCACAUGAUCAAGGACAAUGGCUGGGACUGAGUGGGCGGGGCCCAGGCAACUGAGGCGUGGCUUAACAAAAGAGGGGUGUGGCUUGAUAUUAGGCUCACAUACAAAGUUUACUGCUAGCACAUCCCCACGAACCUUAACCAUCCCAUACAUGCACACAUACACAAGUCUGUAUGAGUGUCCCUGGCGCAUGCGUGUGUGUGUGUGUUUGUGUGUGUGUGUGUGCGUGAUUGCGUGGGCGGGAGCUUGGGAGAGUUUACGAGAGAGGUAUCGUUUUUUGGGGGGGAUGAAAGGACUAACCUUCAGACUAUUGCACAUUCAGACACUCAUACCCUUUCACUCACAGAGAGGCAUGCGUAUCCACGUAGCAUGUUGAUGCUGGGCACAGCCCAAAAGGUCAGAGGUCACCCUAUGUGUUUCUAUGUGAUAAAUGAGAUGAAGAAGGAUCGUCUUGUGGCCAUUGACCAUAGCACUGGACAGGAAACAGGCUGGACCUCAGUUCCAAGAUGCCCAUCCGUUUUAGAACUCUCUAUUUGUUCCUCUGCCCUCUUCCCAGUUGAGUUUGGUUCGUACACCGGAUUUCAUGACAGUCUUGUUAUACAAUCAAGACCAGUGAAAAGCACCAGACUUCAUUGGAGAUCAAGUCAUUCAAAACUCUCACCCGAAUCAGCACCUUAUAGUUGAGAUUGUUACAUUUUACCAAUUGUUAAAUGAGAUUAAAACUGCUUGACUGUCCACCAGGAAAGAAACAAGGAAAAUAUAUUUGCUGUUCUUAGAUAUUCUUUUCUAUUUAUUCAAGCUUGUGUUUUAAGUUAAUUCAUGUAUUUAUUAAUUUAUUUUCGGUCUAAUUUUGGUACACCAUUGAACCCCCCCCCCCCUUCACCACACUCUAUGUGAAAAGGUAGCAGCUUUGAUGGGUUUUCCCUCACCACUUCAAAUGGUAGCAAUCUUUCAAAUGAGAUGUCACGUUUUGUGGUCAUUUUGCCUUUCGUAACGUGUUGUUACCCUUUCUUAAUGUCUUACAGUAUUGUUGAUGUGUCUAAGGAGCAGUGUGGUGAACAAAAGGUUUACAUUUCAUCUGAAUAAAAGGGUAACAAGUUAGCAUGGUUCCCUCAGAAAGCAACUCAGUCAAGCAGAAAUGGGUUUAAAGACUCCAAGACUUAUCUAAAGAAGUUUGUUCAAUUUUUUCCCUCUCUUAUGGUUAAGGUUAGGAUGUGGGGAUGGCAUAUUGAUCCAAUGUUUGUUCUUUUUGAAGCUUGUUGCGAAAGCUCAUGGCUGACAUUGUGAACAUUCUAUUUAAAAGAGGCUUUUUGACAGUCUUUUUUAGAGUGAAUAAAGGAAUAGUUUACCAAUAUAUUUCAAUAAAAAAAAUUACUUAGAUGGAAUUUCUAGGUCCAAGCAUAUGAUUGAACAAUGUAUCCAUUUUGGAGAAUUCAGACAUUAGGACAUCACUGGUAGUGGGCUGUGACUAAAUUAAUAUUUUUGAACAAUCACAAUCAAUUUGCUUGUGAGCUUGUAAUUUACCCAUGUCUGCCUCCACCACAGUUAUGUUAUUUUUUGUUGCUUAGACUGAAGUGUGACACCAACACCGAGGUCUGAAACCAAUUGAAAGCCACAUAAUGUGACAAACGGUAGAAGUACCCAACAAACAUCCCAGCAGAAAAACCAAAGACUCUCUCAUAGUCAGCAAUAAGUUGACCAAUCAAUAUUCCUGCUGAGAUAACUUAAGUCACUGAAUGAAGGAUUGUGAUCGACCGAGAGCUGCUGCUAGGUUGGCUGUCCUCUGAUAAAUAACGCUUAGUUUUGGACAAUUACAAUGUUAAAUACCUGUAUAUUCACUAGAAACAUACACAUUAUAUUAUGAUACUGUAUUACACAAUGUAAAUAGCCAUAUUAAAUGUUUUAUUUAUUCAUUUAUUCAGUUGAUAAUUACUUUAGUGUAUGCUCUGCUAUCUGUCUAUGGCCCCUUGCGGGACAGUUAGAUUUCCUACUUUUUUACUAUUCAAAUGGUUCAAUUUGAGUGUCUUUUGUAAAGGAAGGAAGGAUGAUGGCAAAAUAUGGGGACUCAAUAAAGAUUCUCAUUUGAUUGAUC